CGAAACGUUCGCGCGUUGUUCGUUUUGGCGACAUAAAAGUCCACAUUCCUCUCGCGCGUCGCGUGUGAAUCCGCAAUAUUGCCCAUAAUGACGUCCUGUCCAUAAUAAUUGAUCGUGUAAUCCAUGCACUGAGGAGGAGGAGGAGGUCAUGGAGAUCGGGUCUCCAGUGAGAUGGAUGGAGACUGAGCACCAAUUCACCCAGAGUCCGUGAGCUGAAACUGCGCAGGCUGAAAGUUGCUGUCGGUGGCGCACGGCGCGAGCUCGACUGAAGCCACCGGACCGGAGAGACGCGCUCAAACCGGGGGAUUCGUACCAGAGGAGCGGUCGUGCUGAACCCGCUCCGGCCCCGAAGCUUUCACCUUUCUUUGUAUCUGCUGAAAGACAGAAACGCGCCGGCUGAUUCCUGCGAAAGUUUCUGUGCGUAAAAGUUGGCCGUUUUCCGCGAUCCACGGGCCCGUCCCGCAACCCGGUUCUUCUGCUUCCGGUAUCAACGGAGAAAGACGACUCAUUUGCUUUUCGUCUUCUACCGCGCUCCCUUUUUUCAGGGCAAAGUUUUUUUUUCUUCCUAAAGGAGUAAAAUGGGUCUUUGAGACUGUUGGCAAUAUUCCCCGCUCCACAAUGGCCACCGAACCGUUCCUGGUGAAUGAAGACCCAUCCAGAGGUCCUGGGAUACCAGAAUGCUUCGUCGUGUCUGAUUCCUACAGGGAUGAAUUUCAUCCCUUCAUCGAGGCUUUGCUGCCACACGUCCGCGCCUUCUCCUACACCUGGUUCAACCUCCAGGCCCGCAAGCGCAAGUACUUCAAGAAGCACGAGAAACGCAUGACGAAGGACGAGGAGCGCGCCGUCAAAGACGAACUCCUGGGCGAGAAGCCCGAGAUCAAGCAGAAGUGGGCGUCCCGUCUGCUCGCCAAGCUCCGCAAAGACAUCCGCCCGGAGUUUCGCGAGGACUUCGUGCUCACCAUCACGGGGAAGAAGCCGCCGUGCUGCGUGCUGUCCAACCCCGACCAGAAGGGCAAGAUCCGGCGCAUCGACUGCCUGCGGCAAGCGGACAAGGUCUGGCGCCUGGACCUGGUGAUGGUUAUCCUGUUCAAGGGGAGCCCGCUGGAGAGCACGGAUGGAGAGAGGCUGGUCAAGUCCCCGCAGUGCUCAAACCACGGCCUCUGCGUGCAGCCGCACCACAUCGGGGUGUCCGUCAAAGAGCUGGACCUGUAUCUGGCCUACUUCGUCCACUCGCCAGGUGAGUCCCGCCGCCGCGUAACCCGGUUCAGGAAACACGGUCCAGAUCCGCUCCGGGCUGCGAUCCAAAAACACACUCCAAUGCAAAUGUAUGCAAAUAACAGCCUUUGUUGUGUUUAUUUCUUUGUAUUUUUAGCUUGGUGUUCUGAUCAUUUCUGUGAAAUUGCGAAAUGAUGACUUUUUGCUUGGCUUUGUGUGUGUGUGUG